UAAUAAAGUGGCCAGUGACUGCAUAUUGCUGCAGUAGAUCCGCAGAGAACAUGCUUCCACUUAUCUGGGACACCUGUAAUAACUCACCUGGGGAAUUCCUGCGGAUACUUCACGCUCCACUCGUCUCUGGAUGUCCUCCAGCUGAUUUUUGAGCUGCGUUAGAUCUUUCAACUGUUUCAGAGGAUCCUAGAAGAACAGCAGAUCUUUGGGAACAUGGACAAAGUGGAGCUUUUUGAGGUUGUUAAAGUGACGGAAGAGGUGGAGAGUGCCUACAGCCAAACAGAGGUGGGAUCCCUCAAAAAGAGGAAGAGCAAAGCUCAAGAUGACAGUGCAGAGAAGCCUAAGAAACCUAGGUCUGCCUAUCUGCUGUACUACUUUGAUGUUCACCAGAUUAUGCAACUUGGAGUCUCUAAUAUGCCACAGUCCGAGAUCAACAAGCGUAUCAGCGAGAGCUGGAAACGACUCAGCGUAGCCGAGAAAAGCUACUACCUGGAGAAAGCCAAGCUGGAGAAGGAGGGAAUAGAUACAUCAUCUCUUAGCCCUUCCAAAGACCUGCCAGGCUUCCGCAAAAUCCUACCUAGAGCCAGUUACUUUGUUUUGUCCAAAGGCUGCUCUUCAGAUCACCAGCCAGGAAGCUCUCAGUCAGAGCUCAGUGUUGAUUCUGUGGACAAUCCAGCUGAAGGCGGCUUGCCCUCAGUCUCCCUUAUUCAGGAAACCCGGUUGACACCUCUUGGGAUGGCUGGUGAAGUGGAACUUUUGGAGCCCCCCAUUGUUGUUGAGGAAAUAGCAGAGGAAACAGCAGCGGUGUCUCCUGCCCUCCAAGGAAUUGCACCCUGUUCUUCCUGCUCCAUCUCACCCAAAGCAACAGUCUCUGCAGACUCCAGUGUCUCACAGGGCUCUGCUGACUGUUUAGCAAAUGGGGUCACACUGAAAGGAAAUGAGGCAAGAGCUGGCACUACUAGUUACAGUGCCACAAUGGUGCAGCAGACACAGGGACAAACCACACAGGUGGUGGCCAUCAUACCCACUCAGAACCUGCUGGAGCCCAAGUCUUUGGCAGCUGUGAGCUCUGUGGGCCCAGUGGUGAUGGUCCCUGUGGGAGCCAGCAUAGAGCAAAGUGCCAAACCUUCAUAUAAAAUGUCUGUGAAGACGUACACUAGGAGAGGUCGAGGGAGGUGUCUGAAUCCUGGCUGUUCAUUUAUCUAUGUCACUCGUCACAAGCCACCAACUUGCCCCGACUGUGGGAGCCACUUGGGUGGUAAAUGGAUACCCGCUGCAAAAAGGUCACAUGAGAAACAAGCUGCUUCCAAGCAAUUACAACAUACAGCUGAAACCAAACCAAAUGAAAGCCUUCAAGCUACACAGGCAACAGCUCAGGAGGGGGCUGCUGAUGUCAGGAAAACAAAUAUUACUGCAGGCAACAAAGAAGGUCAGGUUCUGAGGUGCUCCAGAAAGCAGCGUGCAGCUUCAGCUGGAGUGCCACAAGAGGGCAGCAGCACCAAGCCAACAACUCGAGCAAAACAAGUGAAAGACAAUCCUAAAAGUGCCAUAAUCCAGGGUCAGCAACGGAGCAGUGCCACUGUGCAGAAGAGGCCUGUGAGACCCAUCCUUCCUGCCUGCUACAACACAAGUCGGGCUCUGUUUCAGAUCAUAACUGUUCCACCUGACAAAGAGAAAUUUCAAUAUUCACACAACAAUAAUUCACCGACUGUGCCACGAGAGAGUUUCUCAGGUCUCAAACCCAGCACUUUAAAGCAGCUCGGACAGACGGUCCCAACAACCACAGCCAAACAGGAUUUUCCCGGCUCAGCAGAGAAAAGCCAGCCCACGUCGUCUCUGACUGACAGGAGAGUGAAUGUCCUGUCAGUUAUGCCUUUCAAACAGCAAACAGUUUCCAGCUUUGACUUGGGACUGUCCACAGCACGAGGCAGGGGUCGGUGUAAAAACCCAUCUUGUGACUAUAUUUAUAAGAACAGGCACAAACCUGCAGUGUGCCCGAAAUGUGGCUGCGAGCUGACCCAGAAGAAUACCAAGGCAGCAAAAUCUGAGUCUCUGCUGUAUCCGUACCAUCCUCUUACUCCUGCUCAAAAAGACAUCCAGCGUCAAAAUACGGUGCAGUUACUGCGCAGUUGUUUGCAGAUUCCUGAGAGUGAGACUGAACUUCAGGAAACGUUAACCCUCAUCCAGGAGCUCAACACUUUCCAAAUUGUCUUUGUUCAAGUGGGUGAUCAGGAACAGGAAAACAGCACCGAGGCAGAGACCCUGUUUCAGUCGAGGUGGCCUCAGUACUACGAGUCAGCAGCUACUCACUGUGGCUUGUGUAACUACCCUCUCUUCAAAGGAGGCCAGAGUACUGUUGCAGGACAGGAGGACUGCUGGCUGCUCACUGAAACUCUGAUGCAGACAGUCUCUCUCCAGCUCAAAGUGUGUCUCAAUGUUCAGUGCCUGGCCCUGCACAGCUUCACCGACCUGCAUCCAGGCCUGUUCAACAUUGGAAACAGACUGCUGGUGAGCAUUGACCUGUUUCUGAAGAUCAGGGCAAGCAUCAAACUAGGCCAGUCGCCCUCACUGGCAGCCAAGACUAUAUUAGACCACGUCCCCAGUCAUCCUGUCCAUUCUCUCAAUCCAGAUGAAUCAUCUCAAAUUCAAGAGCUUCUCCUGAGUGGCUACUGGGCCUUUGAGUGUCUUACCGUACGAGAUUACAACGAUAUGAUCUGUGGCAUCUGUGGUGUUGCUCCAAAGAUGGAAAUUGCACAGAGAUACUCAAACAAUGUCCUGGAGCUCAAGAAUGUGGAAUUUACCUGGCCUGAAAUUUCGGUAUCAGAUGAGGUACAUGUGGAUGACUUCUGGCUGACGAUGGAGAGUGAGGCUAUUGAGCAAGCAGCGUUCCCCACAGACAUCCCAAUCACACGGGUAGAUGCUUCCAUAAUUGCUCCCUUCAUCCCCCCUCUGAUGAGGAGUCCCACUGUUAUCAACACAGAGAAGAACAAGGUCCUGUCACACCCAGAGCAGCCCCCGGGAGAUCCGUCAGUUUUGGUACGCCUCGUUCAUGAUGGUCAGCUGAGACUCGACAAAAUUGAAGAUCACACUGAGGACGAGCUGAGAACAGUCCUGGACUGCUGUGGGGCGAGCAUCACCCCAAACUCCACCAAGGAUGAACUGCUGGCCUCUCUGAUCUCCUUGUACACGCUUGUUCAUAGCGGCCUCUCUACUUCCUCACGACCCCCUGCGCACCUCACUGCAGGCAAGCUGUCCAAAGUCUGCCCCCACAAGGUCGUGUGCGCCUCUAAGUACUUGGUUAGAGGAGAGACCGCUCGAGACCACGUAGACCUGCUGCUGUCUUCUCGCUAUUGGCCUCCAGUGUAUGUUUGCGACUGUGCUCGUGAGGUGGCCCUUUGUACUGACUUACAGUACCCAGAGCUGGCAACACAGAUGUGGGGCAGAAAUCAAGGCUGCUUCUCGGACCCUUUUGAGAAACCAGAGCUCGUGUCAUGUGCUGAGCUCCAGGAUCAGCUGUGCAGUGCUGACUUGUCCUCAGGAGCAGAGAACCAGCAGGUCCACCCCAUCACCAAGUCUUGUUCCUGCUGGCUGGUUCAUCCUCCACAGGAAACCCCGAAGCCUCCUGCUCCCGAGCAUCAUUCUAUGAUCCUCUGCAGAGACCUGGAGCCUUAUGUUAGCCUGGUAGCUGAGCUAGAGACAGAGAAGGGAGAGGGCGAUGAUAAAGAGGCACCACAGAAAGAACAAUCAGACACAUCAGAGAGUGAAUCAACAGAAAAUCCUGAGAACUUUCCUUCAGUGAGUCGUGCACUGAAACAACCUAUUGUUUUCAACAACACAGCUUAUUAUUACCUAUACAACCGUAUGGUAGAUUUUUUCACUAGCAGAGACAUUGUGAGCCAGCAGAUCAACCAAGUAGUAAAGGCCUGCCAGCCUGGAGAGGUAGUGAUCAGGGAUGCUCUGUACCGACUGGGAGUGGCACAGAUAAAAACAGACAAGGAGGGAGAUGAAGGAAACGAGGUGGAGGGACAGGCACAGGAGGAGGGAAUGGAGACAUUUGAGGUUGUCCUGCAUCAAUAAAAAUGUUCAGGUUAGAAAGCUAGAUAAAUGACCAGGCAGGCAGAGAGGUGGACUGAAUGUAUAAUGGCUGCAAAAUGGUAAGUAAAUAUAUGGUAAAGAAGUAUCAUAAGAAGAAAUGGAGGUGCUAUUAGUGAUUGUAGUGAUUGAAGGGUUAACCCUGACAAAGGAGAGCAAGCUUUUAAGACAGAGAUCAAGCAAACAUUGUUAAAAAGGUUUUACAGAUGUACAUCAGAGUGAUGGUAACUGAAUGUCAAAGCUGUCCUUCUCAAGUGACUAAAAGAAUGUAAUCUCUGUAUAUAUAUAUAUUUUUAGCAAUAGGAUGUUAAGCAGCACGGUGGCAUGGUGGUUAGCACUGCUGCUUCACAGCUAGAAGGUCUGGGUUUGAUUCCAC